UUUCUUCGGGGCCAACUGCGUGAGAGAGUGCCGCGCCACAGCCUAUCCAUCAUUAAAAUUCGCUAAUUUCCCACCAACCACCAGUCUAAAAAUCCUUUCAUUCUUCAUCCCGACUUCAUUACUGAUCCGAUCUGGAAAUCCAGAUCGGGAAUUUUGCCGUCAACUCCACGCCGAACUUCACCGCCUUCGGGCGCCAUCGUCUCUUCCGGUGGAGACGAAAAACGAAAGGAUCCACAACCAUUGUUUGCAGUUAUGGCCAGUUUUCUCGAUUUUCUGCAGGUCAACAAGCAUAAGACAUUCCGUCCGAAAAAGAAGUUUCCACAAGGUACACUCCGCUACAGUCUUCACAAACAAGCAGAAGCAACUCUUCAUUCGGGUGUAGAUCUUCGUCAUGCUGUCAAACUGCCACCAAGUGAGAACUUUGAUGAUUGGCUGGCUGUACAUACUGUUGACUUUUUCAAUCGAAUUAAUUUGAUGUAUGGAACGAUUUCUGAUGUAUGCACUCGUGAAUCUUGCCCAACUAUGUGUGGAGGAUCCCGUUAUGAAUAUUUGUGGCAGGAUGGUAUUGAGUAUAAAAAACCGACAAGACUCCCUGCUCCGCAGUACAUGCAGCUGCUAAUGGAUUGGAUUGAAGUUCGCAUUAAUGAUGAGCACAUCUUCCCAUCAAGCACAAAUGUAUCAUUUCCAAAAGAUUUCCGUCAAAUUUGCAAAAAGAUUCUCACUCGCUUGUUCCGUGUCUUCGUGCACGUCUACAUUCAUCAUUUCGAUCGGAUUCGAGAAUUGGGUGCUGAACCACACGCCAAUACCCUUUAUAAACAUUUUUACUUUUUUGUGACUGAAUAUGGAAUGGUGUCCACUAAAGAAUUGGAGGCAUUGAAAGACAUGACUGAACGUCUUCUGGAGCCAUCAAAUCGCCGAGCUCCAAUUCCUUCUGCCAACGCAUUCCGGUCAUGAUUUUUGUUCCAUUUCAUGUCAUUCUUCUUCUUUUUCCUGAAUACCAGUCAUUUUCGGUUGUGAACCAUCACUGUUUCUGCUUUCUGUCUCAAUUAAAGUGCAACUUUUCCAUGUUCAGUUCAACUUGUACUUCUCAUUCUCUCCGUAUUCCCAACGAUUUAUCGCAUGUAAACAGUAUUCAUCCAAAUCGUUUCCCCUCUAUUUCUACUUGCCUUCCCCGUUUCUUUGUUUCUUUAUGAUGCAAAGACUUCCCGCCAAAGUGAUUUCAUUUUUUUUUUUUUAAUGAUUUCAUUUUUUUUUAUUUCUCGAAAAAAACUUUUAUUG